AUCUCUCUCUCUCUGUGAGGAACUGUAAUACCCGUAAUGGUUUCUGUUUUGAGCUUCCUGGGUGCAGAUUCUUGGCGUAUCUUGGGUUGCCUUUUACAGGCGACGCGCUUGUUCUUUCCUUAACUUGGCCAUCAAACAAAUCGCCCGUUGAGCGAUACUCACCUUCCUUAUCAAUCUCUCUCUCGCUCGCUCUCUCUUUUGAACCCCCCAAAGGUUUCGUCUUUUGCUCUCUCUCUCUCCCUCUCUCCCCCGUUCUUUCCUUUCCCCCUCCGGAGGCCUCAAAGCUAAGAGCGGCCAUCCACAAUGUUCGACAGUUUAUUGAAAUCGAAGUUCCAUAACAAAUGCAAGACGGCGAUAAAGCUCACGAAGACGCGGUUGGAGACGAUAAUGAAGAAGAGGAAUGCUGUGGAGAAGUACUUGAAAAAGGACAUUGCCGAUCUCCUCAGGAAUGGUCUCGACACCAAUGCCUACGGCAGGGCCGAAGGUCUUCUCGUCGAGCAGAACAUGACCUCGUGCUACCAUCUCGUCGAGCAAUUCUGUGUGUGCAUAUUGGGUCAACUACCAGUAUUGGAGAAGCAGAGUGAAUGCCCUGAAGAAUGCCGAGAGGCCAUAGCCUCUCUAAUGUAUGCUGCUGCUCGAUUUGCUGAUCUGCCGGAACUACGUGAGCUGCGAAGUUUAUUUGCAGAUCGUUACGGAAAAUCUCUCGAACCCUUUGUUAAUAAUGAGUUUGUCGAGAAAAUGAGGUCGCCGCAGCGCACCAAGGAUAUGAAGCUUCAGCUGAUGCGCGACAUUGCUCUUGAGUUCUCUGUGGACUGGGAUUCCAAGGCAUUGGAGCAGAAGCUAUUUAACCCAACUCCACAUGAUCAAGACAAAUCCAAAGUCAGGUCUUCAGGCAACACCGCUGACAACGAGUAUAAGCAGCAUAAAAGUGAGGACCGUGCUGACUCAAAAAGAGAGAGUGACUAUGCUGAAGACAAACCACAGAAGGACAUGCUUGAUCCUUCUGCAUCCAAAAGAAAUGGAAGCAACCUUCCCUUUUUCGGACGAAAAGAAGUCACAGACGACAUAGAUAAGCUGAGCAGCAGCAGCAGCAGCAGCAGCGAGGCCGAAGUGAUUUCUCCACCUAAAAAGGAAUUUCCCCACAGAGACAAGCCUAAGUACAGUUCAAGUUCAUCCGGAAGCCCGUCCGAGGAAGAAGCAAGUCAUAAGAAGCCGUUAAGCUAUAGAGACGUCCCUCCUCCUUAUGUCAAAACCAAGACAGAAAGAAACAGAAGCAUGACCGAUGAACCUCCGCGAAAUACUGCUUCUGAGCUUAUUGAUAAGAACUGCAAGGCUAAGAAACCAGUAGGUGAAGCCAAGCCAAAGCCGAGGUCAGUCAGGCAGCGCCCGUUACCACCGCCUCCAGGUCGUGAAUCCGAGCUGACCUCCCGAACCAUACAAAUCGAUGAUGAAGAUGAAAGGAAGUUAGAUGGGCUCUUGAUGCACUACAGUAAGAAGCAAUCGCCUAACGACCAGCGCGAACCAAGGGUGUCUCUAAAACCGCCUCCUAAGCUACGAACGUACCAGGAAAAUGGCGAACCCAUGCAGCGCAAGAGCACAAAAUCUGAUGUAUUUGCUGCACCAGCUAGAGCGGCGUCUUUUCCACCGGAGCCGACGGCUCCGGCCGAGGCCACCGAGUUAGCAAAAGGGCACUGCCGGUCCACUUCGCUACAGCCGGACAUUUUGGCCGGACACGUUCAUCCUAAUCUUCCCGACUGUGACGAUUUGGCAUCGCGGAUUGCUGCUCUCAGAGGGAGAUAAAAACAGGACAGAGCCAGAGCGUUUAGAUUCUUUACCGUUAUUCUAUUCAAUAUUUAAUUGAAUGCUUCUUAUCAAUAUUAAAGACAUUGUAACACUACUGGGGCAUUUACUAGGCGUGGCACCUUUCUAGGUAGGUCGUCGUCUUCUCGUUUUUGACCUUUUUCUUGUUUUUAGAGUUUCGCCUGUAAGCUCAUCAUCAGAUGACUUCAGCGUCACGUUGCCCAGUUGCUGCGUGGGAUGCUAUCUUUCACUUUGUUC